UGCCGGGGAUGGACACAUAGGAUAACAUGCCGGGGAUGGACACAUAGGAUAACAUGCCGGGGAUGGACACAUAGGAUAACAUGCCGGGGAUGGACACAUAGGAUAACAUGCCGGGGAUGGACACAUAGGAUAACACGCCGGGGAUGGACACACAGGAUAACACGCCGGGGAUGGACACAUAGGAUAACACGCCGGGGAUGGACACAUAGGAUAACACGCCGGGGAUGGACACAUAGGAUAACAUGCCGGGGAUGGACACAUAGGAUAACAUGCCAGGGAUGGACACAUAGGAUAACA